UCACAGAAACUAUCACUACGACUCCUACAGUAAAAGCUGCUGCAUUACCCAUGAUGCAUUGCGCAGAAGAAAAGGCGGAAAUAAACCAUGGCUGCAGCUCCACUAAGCUAAAGGAAGCUCAAAGGGGAGUUUUUGCACCUGGGCAGCUCUUCGAAAAGGAAGAAAGACUCAAUCUAGGAAAGAAGAAGUGAAAUUAUUUAAAAUAACGAAUAACACAGAAGGUCACGCGGUUUAUUUUUGGCGUGAUGUCACCAAAAACAGGAAACGAUCAGCCUUUUAGAUCCUGAGCUCACAUUGCAGUGGCACUUGUGUGUUUUUCACAUUAACAGCUGCUACUAACUUUUAUUUGCUUGAAACCCAUUUACUCAGGUGGUUCCAGCAAUGAAGGCGACCAUACCCUUUUACACGGCCUAUCUGCUGUGUUUGGUGCUCAGCGUGGUGUGUGUGGUGUUGGUCGUCCACUGGAAUUUUGCCUACCGCGAGGGCUUCUCCUGGGAUGGGCAAAUCAAACAAUUUAACUGGCAUCCAGUGCUCAUGGUGAUCGGCCUGGUGGUGCUGUAUGGAAACGCUGCUGUGGUGUAUCGGGUCCCACUGACCUGGACUCAGGACAAGCUGCCAUGGAAGAUUCUUCAUGCGUGCCUCCUCCUGCUCGCGCUAAUCUUCACCAUCGUGGGCUUGUGCGCCGUGUUUGGCUACCACAACACCAAUAAAACGCCAAACUUAUACUCGCUGCACAGCUGGGUGGGAAUUCUCACAAGCGCUUUGUUUGCUGCUCAGUGGGUUGCUGGAUUCGGAGCUUUCCUCCUCCCGUGUUCCCCCCUGCCUCUGCGAGCAUUUAUCAAACCCACUCACGUGUGGAUGGGAGCCAUUAUCCUUGUCCUCAGCGUCGUGUCCUGCAUCUCAGGCAUCAAUGAGAAGCUGUUUUUUGCACUAAAAAAGGAAACCAAUAAGACGCUGCCAUACAAACAGCUGCCACCGGAGGCGGUACUCGGUAAUUCACUUGGCGUCGUCAUUGUGGCUUUGGCACUGGUCGUCCUGAAAAUCCUGUCCAAUCAGACUUGGCAACGUCCUGAGCCAAGGAACGAGGAGGCGGGCUACAGGCAACUGCCAGGUGAUGACAGCUGAAGUCUCAAAGCCUUUCAGUUAGCUUUGUCUGCUUUGGAUCAGUUUAAUGCAAAGAAACAGAGGUUUAUCUGCUCAGAGCAUCCUUUCUUUUCAGAUUGCAGAUCGUUUUUUUGUGUUUGGACAUUUCUAUUUCUUUUUUUAUAAAGAUGCAGUGCAUCAAAAAGCAUGUUUGUAUGAUAAAUAAACAAACAUUUAAAUAUUCAGAAAUCUGUGUUGAAUA